AUGUGGGAUGAUAUCUCUCAUGAUAUUAUUAUUCAGGUAUUUAAAAAAUAUGGUAUUUCUAAUUGUUUAUUAGAAAGUAAGGAUCAUUUAAUUUAUGAGGAUGAUAGUAAGGAUUCAGAUAAUGCUGAGUCUGUUAAUAACAGGGAUGAAAAUGAGAAUAAUAAUAAAUAUGAGAUUGCAGAUUAUAGUGCAGUCGAAGAUUCAGGUAAAAAUAUAGGCGAAGAUACAGGCGAAGGUUCAGACGAAAAUACUAACAAGAAAAUGAUUUUAAUAAUUGGCCAGAAUGCUUUGUUGUCAUUUAAAAUAUAUACAUAUUUAAG